UGUGUUGUAAAUCAGAAACAUUUUGUAGAAUGCAAAAUGCUAUAAUUUCUAAGACCUGACACAUUUACUUUAGCUGUUUAGGUGUGAGCAGUCUCGUAACCGGGUUCAGUGCACCUCAAGGCAUAACCUACAUCCCCUCAACAACAAAACAGAAAACAAGUUAUUCCCUGUCUUCUUGCAGUACCCCAUAAUAAAUAAAUGUUGGCAGACAACAUAACAGAAGAAACAGAGGUCAAGGUUGCCAGAAUGGCUAGCGCUGGCGAAGACUGGAGGACAGGAAAGUCUAUUAUAGAAUGCAAUCGUUACAUGCUUGACAACUCUGUACAUACUGAUGUGACCUUUAAUGUCAAAUCAACGAUAUUGUUGGCUCAUAGGACCAUUCUGAUCAGUCGUAGUCAGGUGUUUGAGAGUUUGUUAAUGAGCCAAGCAUCGUCAGGUGUAAUCAGUGUACCAGAUGUUGAACCAGGUGUCUUUGGUAAAAUGUUGAGCUUCAUUUAUUGUGACAGUGUUGAUGUUGAUGAUAGUGAUGCAGCAGGUUUACUUGCGGCAGCCAAAAAGUACAAGAUAUCUGGUUUAGAGGCUUUGUGUAUGCAGAAGAUGAAAACUGGUGUAUCCAUAGAAAGUGUAUGUAUCGUCCUGAACCAUGCUGCUGAUAGUCAACUGAAAGACAAAUGUGUAGAAUUUAUAUUUAAAUUCCCACAACAGGUUAUUGAAACCAGUGGUUUCUUACAAUUGCAACCACAGCAUUUGCUAGCAAUAAUUGCAGAUGACCGUUUUAAUGUAAAAGAAGAACUUAUCUUUGAGACUUUGGUCAAGUGGUCAGAAAAAGAGUGUAUUCGUCAAAUUUUGAGCAUAAAUUUACCACAUCAGAACCAGGUACUUGGAGAUAUCGUGAAACUUGUGAGGUUUGGUUUGAUGGAACACAAAUAUGUCAAAGAAAAAUGUAAAAAGUUUCUAAGUAGUGAAAGUUAUGUUGAUAUAAUGGAAGAAUUAGCAGAGUUGGGCAAUAACUCUGGACUUAUCAAGAAAAAACGUGGAUUGGUUGCUACUCCAGAUGAUUCAAAUUCAGUGUCAAGUACAUUGACAUCCAAUAGUAACAGUCGAGUAUUUGAUCAUGGGGCAAGCAGCACUUCAUAUGGAGCCACCCAAGGUCUUCCUAGUUCAUUUACAACAUUUCAAUCCCAAAGCAAUAAUACCAGAGUGCUGCAUCCUCGUUCCAACCCAAUGGAAACCUCAACUUCUUCACGUUCAUCUCAAGAUAUUCCUGAAGUUACUGAUUGUAUUCGUCCUGUUGAAGUUGUACAGAGGUAUUCUAUGGAACACAGGGAAAGAGUUAGAUUGGGAUAUUUUAUUGAGAGGGAACAGCGCAUUAUUGUAGAAAGAUUUGAAGCAACUCAGAGCGGGAAAGCAUACACCAGAGACAACAAAGAUGGAGUUUCAUUUAUAUCCUCAGAAAAUCUUAAACUACAUGGAAUGCUAAUUUAUGGAAGUCAUCAGAGGCCAGGUUCUUAUAAAAUAGAGCUAGAAAUCCUAGAAGAUACUGGAAUUAGAGGUUCUGACCUAAAAAGAGUUUAUGCAGUGAAAACAAGUAUGAUCACAGAUGGAGCUACGAAAGUUUACGAACUUAUUGUGAGCCCAGCGUUAAUGAUUCAGAAUGCAAAAGUUUAUACUAUUAGGGCAAAAUUUACAGGGCAAGCUAGUUUCUAUGGGGUAAAAGGGGUAUCACCUGUUUUGAAAAAUGGACUUCAGAUAGAUUUUGUUACAGACAUAACUUGUCUUAACUUAACCUCAAAGGAAAUUGGACAAUUUCCAGGACUUAUCUUUGAAAAGGUUUGAGGAAUAACUAAAAACCCAAACAUAAAGAUGCUGUUGUGAGCCAGUGUUUUGUUUGAAUUUUGAUUGAAAGAAAACCUUGUAGGCAUUAGAUUUUGGAAAGAAAAGAAAUGAUAAUGAGAUGUGGUAUGAUUGUCAAUGAAACAUGUGUCCAUUAAAAACCAAAGGACAAAUAAGUGAACAACUGCUUCAGUCUUUUAAGCCUACCUCAGGCACAUGUACCAUUGUAAAUGAAAUUGAGAAUGGCAAUGGAGAAUAUGUCAAAGAGACCACAACCCAAACUAAGAGCAGAUAACAGCUGAUGGCCAUUAAUGGGUCCUCAAUGCAGCAUGAAAACCCCGCACCUGGAGAUGGUCCACAGCUGGCCACAAAAUAAGUAUGUGUAUUAGUUCACUGAAAAUGGAUGUCAUGCUAAAUUCCAAAACAUAUAUAUGAACUUAAAUUAAAAAACAAACAAGACUAAUAAAGGCUAGACUCCUGACUUGGGACAGACACAAAAAUGUGGUGGGGUUAAACAUGUUUUUUGAGUUCUCAACCCUCCCCUAUUCCUCUACCCAAUGUAGAAUAAAGAAACACACAGUAAAACUCAGUUUAAAAGGUACCUUGUGGUUCCAUUCAUAAACUGUACAACAAUGACAUCAUGAGCUCACUUUGCAACAGCUUCAAAGUUUAUUUUUAAUGUUUGUGAAAAAUAGUAGAUUUAUGCCAUCACUUGGUGUCAGUCGUCGUCCGUCGUUGUCGUCUGUCCUCGUCUGUCGUCGUAAACUAUUUCAAGAAUCUUCUCUGAAACUACUAGGCCAAAUACUACCAAACUUUAACUGAAUGUUCCUUAGGGUAUCUAGUUUAUAAAUUGUAUCCAAAGUUUUGAUCUAUCAACAAACAUGGUCGCCAUUGCUAAAAAUAGAACAUAGUGGUCAAAUGCAGUUUUUGGCUUAUAUCUCAAAAACGAAAGCAUUUAGAGCAAAUCUUACAUUGGGUUAAAAUGUUCAUUAGGUCAAGAUCUAUCAGCCCUGAUAUUUUCAGAUAAAUCAAACAACCCAUUGUUGGGUUGCUGCCACUUAAUUGGUAAUUUUAAGGAAAUUUUGCAGUUUUUGGUCAUUAUCUUGAAUAUUAUUAUAGAUAAAGAUAAACUGUAAAGAGCAAAAAUGAUCAGCAAAGUAAGAUCUACAAAUAAGUUCUAAAAGUACUCAACCAAAUUCAACCAAACUUCAACUGAAUGAUCAGUAGGGUGUAUAAAAUAAAGUUUGUGUUUUAUUUUCCAUUUCGUCCAAAAACAUGGCCGUCAUGGCUAAAAAUAGAACACAGGGUAAAAUGCAGUUUUUGCCUUAUAUCUCAAAAACUCCAGCAUUUAGAGCAAGUAAGACAAGAAGUUUAAGUAUUUAUUAGGUCAAGGUCUACCUGUCCUGAAAUUUUCAUCCGAAUUGGGUAACUGGUUUUUCAGGUAUAAUGCCCCUGAAUUGAUGAUUUUAAUGAAAUUUUGCAGUUUUUGGUUAUUAUUUUGAAUAUUAUUUUUGCUUUUGAAGAAAAUAGGAGGAUUCAAAGAACAUUUAAAUAAAUUGAAAAGCCAAAAUAAUCAUUGUUGAGAGAUUUAACCAAAAAAAUUAAGAUGAGCGAUUCAGGCUCUUGUUUAAAAGAGCCACAAAAUGAUGGAAAAUAGGUAAAUGCAUGGAAUGUACUUCAAGAAGAAAAGAACUUUGGCAGUUUGAAUGUACCGGUAAUGUAUACAGUUUGUUAACCCUUGCUACAGACCCUUUUAUUAUUCUGUUAUCAUGGUUAUCAGGUGACACACAGUUUUCUAUUAAUGGUGACAAAAUGAACAUUUAUACAUAUGUUGUCCAUAGCCUUAUAGGCAGGAUAUUGGAAAUUCUGACUUUAUUACAAUUGCUAAAAGAUACAAGGGACUUGAAGGGUCAGGAAUAAAAUAAAUUAGUGAAUUAGGGAAGAAGGAUUUCUUAGUAUUUUUGGAGAGGUUUAUCCAUCAUAGAGGCAUGAUACAAAAUAUAUACAUAGUUAAUAUAUAAUUUACCAAUACAAAAAAGAUGAAAAUCAGUUUGUUGUCUGAAUUUGUUUGUUUUAAAAAUUUUGUAGAUUCAAAUGAAUUUUAUUUGUUUGUUUAAAAAUUUUGUAGAUUCAAAUGAAUUUUAUUUGUUUGAAUGAUAACUACAUUGUAUUUGAUCAUAUUGUGAUUAAUUUAACUGUUAUAAUUAUUCAGUGAAAUUUGUCAUUGGAAACUAAACCAAGUGUAAACCCAUAACCUGUUUUAAUAUCUUUGGACAUAUGAUAAAUAUUAUUGAUUAAUAAAAACUGGUUACAGUGAAAAUUGUCUGAACAUGGUUAAAAGCAGUUUUUCUUAUAAUAAGAUGUUUUAAAAUAAUUGUUAUUAUUGUCAUGAUUGUACAUUAAUCAUUACCGAUAUUGUGAUCAUUAUUUAUAAAUCAUAUGAAAAAGUAGAGGUGAAAAUAAUAAAAAUAAAAAAAAUUAUUUGCUUGUAAUAGGAUAUAUAUCUUUGUUUGCUAGGAAUGUCCUUGUUAUUCUAAUAUGUGUAUUUAUCGCUAUUUUGUGCAUUUUUCCUUUGAUCUUUUUUUGUGAUAAUUUUCAUAUCAUGCUUCUCUCUUGAGAUGGAAAAAUUAUCGCUAGAAACUAAGGAGGCCAUGUGGCGUUGCUAACGAAAUUGACAUUGAAAUUGAUAACAUCGUCAUAGGUAAAAUAGCGAUAAACAGAUUUUCAUUGGUCAUCUCAACUCGAUUGCUUUUCUCACUUUCUCUGUUCCAGCUCUAGCGAGAAAAUCAAUCUCGUUGAGAUAAUCAAUGAUAAUCUAUAAGUAUCAGGAAAUUGUGAGUGUUAAUCUUCUUAGCCUUUACUGACCAUGGCUGUAAGCUUAAGUCGAGUUAGUGGAUAUGAUAAAAAGAAGUUUUAUAACAGAUUAUUUAUCUAAAAGGUUAUUGUUUAUGUCUUUAAGGUACAUAUUCCAUCCUUUACAGCCAAUGUGACAGAAUGAUAUUCAUUUAAUACAAUAAUACAAUUAUCCUAGGCCUACACAUAUGUUUUACAACUGUACAAUUUGAUGUUUAAAUAUAUUUUAAAAUAAUUGGUAUUCAGUGAAUAUAAAAAUUUAUACUUGUAUUCAUUUUGAACAUCUGUAUUCUAUUAUGAACUAAAAUAUUCAAUCAGCAGAGACAGGUUUUGCCAUGUUCAUUAUGAAAAUAUUAAACAAUUUAUUGUAAUAUUCUUUUGUGAAAAUUGCACAUUUGAAGAAUUUCUUACAUUUGUUUCUGUAAAGUAAACAAAUGAUUACUGUACUCUGAUGAAAUCAAAUGAUGAUUUUCCUGUUGCAUACUGGAUGUAUUCUAUGGUUUAGAUUUAAACCAUUUUUGAUUUUAACAAUUUACAUAAAAAAUUGUAAAUUAUCUCUGUCAAUUAUCUUUUUUUAAUGAUAUCUUUAUGUAGCAUAUUUCGCUUGGGCCCGCGGACCGACCUGAGGGAGAGCCACUCCAGUCAUGCUUCAGUAAUUCUUUAUAUAAUUAACCAAAUUUUUCCCACUAAAGGGGAAGGGGGCACCUCUGAUUUGCAAGUUUUAGCUACGGUUAAUUGUUCAUUUACAAAUAAAAUUCAUGGAUAUUCAUAAAAGCUAAAAAAAAUAGAGUUCAUAUAUUCCUACUUAUAUUAAGUUACAUGCAUGUAUGUCAUAUUAUAAAUCAAUCAGAUAUUUAUGGUAUGGGUUUGGUCUCUUUGGACAUCCUCUUUUUUUUCUCUAACAAUUUUUUGUACAUAUACAAAUUAUUAUCAGCAUGUAAAUAAUUUAUACAUGUACCUUCAGAGGCAGUUUCCCAAACAUUAUUUGUUUAAGUGGCUUGCAUUUUUAAUUCAAAUACAUCUUUUCUUUUCUUGUUUUGUUUAGUGAUAAUACUGUUUGUUAUUGCAAUUGUAUCAUAUAAUAAAAUUGUACAAGAGCA